UCGAUCCGAAGCUACCCAAGUCGUCGCGACGGUCGGUGCUAAUCAGAGUACACCUGAUUUAGUGGGAGGCAAAGAAAAAAAGUUGUAUUACUAUUAGAGGAAGCAAGUGAAGCAAACAAGUAAGGUGCACAAAAAUGCAGCAGCCUACGGUGGUAAUUCAAGCAGCUCCAGCCGUUGGACCCGACUCCACCACGUUGAUUUGUCCUUCGUGCCGGGCUCAGAUCAGGACCCGGGUUGACCACAACUCAACGACCAAAACUCACAUUAUUGCCAUAUUGCUGUUCGUGUUUUGCUGCUGGCCCUGCGUCUGCGUCCCGUACUGUAUGGAUUCGUGCAAAAAUGCUGACCACUACUGUCCCAAUUGUAACGCAUUUAUCGGAACUCACACCCACUGAAUUUAAACUGCUUGGGAAAAAGCCUAAAUAUGGACACCAAUGAUUUCGUUCAAAUUUUUGUGAAACGCACAGCAUGAACCAAGUUCCAAAUAUUUAAAUAUAAUAAUUCUAAGCUGUCUGGAUCUAGUUCUACCAAGUGGUUAUUGUAUAUGUAUGAAGUUAUAUUUACGGAAAAAUAAAACGCCACGAAUGUAUUCGUCGUA